AUGGGUAAGAAGAAGUCAGAAGAGAGUGCUGCUACCUCGAAGGCGAAGCCAAGUGGAAAAGAUUCUUCUAAAGAACCGAAAAAGGAGAAACUAUCAGUCUCAGCGAUGCUUGCAGGCAUGGAUCAGAAAGAUGAUAAACCCAAGAAGGGUUCAUCAUCCAGAUCCAGGGCUGUUCCAAGGAGCGCUUCCUCCUACACUGAUGGCAUAGAUCUUCCUUCCUCUGAAGAAGAAGACGAGGGCGCUUCUGAUGAGGAACAGCGGCAGGCGGAGGAAAGGAGAAAGCAGAAGAGCGAACAAAGGCAUCUUGAUAUCUCUGUGACCGAUAAGGAGCAAAAGAAGCGAGCGAUGAAAGAAAGAGCAGCUGAGCAGGCUUUAGAGCUUGCCAAGAGGGAGGCCUUGAGGGACGACCAUGAUGCAUUCACGGUUGUUAUUGGAAGCAAGACUUCGGUGCUUGAAGGAGAAGACACCGCUGAUGCGAAUGUUAAAGAUAUAACGAUAGAUUCUUUUUCCGUCUCUGUUCGAGGUAAAGAACUUUUGCAGAACACAUCUGUCAGGAUAUCACAUGGGAAAAGGUAUGGAUUGGUCGGGCCGAAUGGAAUGGGGAAGUCUACACUGUUGAAACUUUUAGCAUGGAGGAAGAUUCCAGUUCCGAAGAACAUUGAUGUUCUUCUUGUCGAGCAAGAGGUGGUCGCCGAUGAAAAGCGUGCUCUGGACGCAGUUGUUUCUGCCAAUGAGGAGUUGGUUAAAUUAAGGGAAGAAGUUAGAGCUCUGGAAGCUGCAGCUCAGCAGAAUUCGUCUUCUGGAGCUGACGGAGAAAACGGUGAAGGCGAAGAUGCUGAUUCUGGAGAAAAGCUUUCUGAGUUAUAUGAGAGGCUACAGAUCUUGGGGUCAGAUGCUGCUGAAGGACAGGCGGCGAAAAUUCUUGCAGGGCUAGGUUUCACAAAAGAUAUGCAAACCCGUGCAACUAACUCAUUCAGUGGUGGCUGGAGGAUGCGAAUAUCCUUAGCUAGAGCUCUCUUUGUGCAGCCUACGCUUUUGUUGUUAGAUGAACCCACCAACCAUCUCGACCUGAGAGCUGUUCUCUGGUUAGAAGAGUAUUUGUGUCGCUGGAAGAAGACGUUGGUUGUUGUUUCGCAUGACCGGGACUUCCUCAACUCUGUCUGCACGGAUAUAAUACAUUUGCAUGACCUGAAGCUCCACUUCUAUCGUGGUAAUUUCGAUGCUUUCGAAUCUGGAUAUGAUCAGCGACGCAAAGAAGUGAACAAAAAGUUUGAGAAUUUCCAGAAACAGGAUAAAGCAGCUAGGAGAUCUGGAAACCGUGCUCAACAGGAGAAGGUAAAGGAGAAAGCCAAGUUUGCUGCGGCGAAAGAAGCAUCCAAGAGUAAGGGCAAGGGUAAGGCGGUGGAUGAGGAGGGCCCAGCACCGGAAGCUCCUAGAAAGUGGAAAGAUUAUAGCGUGGAGUUCCACUUCCCAGAACCAACCGAGCUCACUCCUCCUCUUCUGCAGUUGAUUGAUGUUAGCUUCUGCUAUCCGAAUAGGCCAGAUUUCAGGCUUUCAGAUGUUGAUGUGGGUAUUGAUAUGGGUACUCGGGUCGCCAUAGUUGGGCCUAAUGGAGCUGGAAAGUCCACUCUUUUGAAUCUUCUUGCGGGAGAUUUAGUUCCAACAGAGGGUGAAAUGAGAAGAAGCCAAAAGCUAAGGAUUGGCAGAUAUUCUCAGCACUUUGUUGACCUGCUAACAAUGGGGGAAACACCUGUUCAGUAUCUUCUUCGCCUUCAUCCUGACCAAGAGGGAUUUAGCAAGCAAGAGGCAGUGCGUGCGAAGCUAGGCAAGUUCGGGCUCAUAAGUCACAACCACGUAGCUCCAAUUGCGAAACUGUCUGGUGGACAAAAGGCUAGGGUUGUGUUCACCUCAAUCUCAAUGUCGAAGCCACACAUUUUGCUUCUUGACGAGCCUACGAAUCACUUAGACAUGCAGAGUAUAGAUGCGUUGGCAGAUGCACUAGAUGAGUUCAGUGGAGGAGUUGUGCUGGUGAGUCACGACUCGAGACUCAUAUCACGUGUCUGUGAGGAUGAGGAGAAGAGUCAAAUUUGGGUUGUAGAAGACGGAACAGUGUCUUUCUUCGACGGCACAUUUGAAGAGUACAAAGAAGAUCUCCAGAGAGAAAUCAGAGCAGAGGUUGAUGAGUGA